AUGGAGAGACAAAUAGCUGAGCUAUCGAGCAAGAUAAAGACCCUUAACUUUAGGCGCACAAAAACGAGUGAAAUAUUAGAGAAACAAGAUCGACAAGCAUCUGAACGUCAAAAACAAAGUAUUAUUAAUAUAUCGAAAGCAGUAAACGAGCUAAAAGAAACAAUCGAAGAAAAAAAAAUUACGAAAGGUGAAGAUGAAGGGGCUAUAGCUGAGUGGAGCAAACUAUAUGAAAGCGAACUUGAGAAAGCAGAUCAGGAUAUCAAAUUAUUAGAUCAACAGAUCAAGAAAAUGGAUGAUGAUGAAAGAGAAGCCAAAACAGCUUACGAACACGAAAGAAAGUUGGCAUUUGAACUUGAGUUAUUUGAACGAAAGGCAAAAUUUCAGGAAGAGUUAGAGAAAACGAAACAAGAUGAAAACAAUCAACACAGUAAACCAACCUCUGGU